GAACAUCAAUGGUCGAUUACGUCGACGUGGUCGAAAAUAUGAAACGUUAUGGGCAACCAACUCCUCCGGCAUACAACAUGACCGGCAUACCAAAUGACCUUCCUCUUUUUGUCAGCUAUGGAGGGGAGGAUGCUCUUGCCGAUGAUGAUGAUGUGAAUCUGUUUCUGGGAAGUCUGAAUGAUCAUGAUGGAGAUAAACUUGUGGUUCAGUAUAGAAAUGAUUAUGCUCAUGCAGAUUAUGUCAUGGCAAAAAAUGCUAAACAAGAUGUAUAUGAUCCUUUAAUUGCCUUCUUUAGGCUACACUAGUGAAUAUA